UUCAUCCCACAGGAUGAAAAGAAUAAAAAGAUGUCCAAGAAGUUGCAGGUCCCAACGCUCAAAAAGUUCUUGCAAACUGAAAAGAGACAACUCAGAAUUUUUGAAUCAAAUCUAGUCAUCUACAAAACUCAGUCAAACGGUUUUGUAUGUUCAUAGGUCUCAUAACUCAUUUGCACUCAGAUCCAAGACAUCAGGAAAACAGUGUCAAAUAGUUUCGGGGGAAAUUUCAAGGUACAAAUAGGUAAAGUCGCUUUUGUCGUGAGAAAAUUGCUGAAUUGAAUUGCCAGUAAAUUUCAAGUCUCAAAAUGUCUCACACAUGCCCGGUCCAUAAUAAGGACUCCCAUGCCAUAAUCAUCACCAAAUCCGCUGAAUCGGAUGACACCAAGAUCGCCAUGUGUGCCAACUUGGAGUUGGACAGCUGCCGGGCCGAGAACUGGCAGCUGAAGAAGAAGCUGGUCGAGUACGAGGCCACGAUCAAGAACCUCGAGCAGCUGGUGACCACCAUUGCGGACAAGCAGCACCAGAUCCUCAGCGAGGUUGUGGAGAUGCGCAAGGAGAGUCGCGCCGCUCCGAUGGAAUCAUCCAAUUCCCAGAUGGACUCUUCAGGAUCCCCGUCCGUGCAGCUCCGUGACGAGGAAGAGGAUGGCUACAGACCGGACUCUGAAUCCGAGGGCGACGGUACCCAGUCCCCGGUCCUCACUCGCCGUUCCUCGAUGGCCUCACUGAUUUCAUUGUGCUUUUCAUCGACCAGUUCGCUGGGCUUUUCCAAUGCCGAAGAUAGCUCUGAUUCUGAAUACGAACGAAAUCUAUAUGCCGAAUUGGGCAUGAACCGCUAUUCCGAUCCCGAGACAGAUCACUCGGAGGAGAUUGGGGAAGCCAAUUUGGUUCCAAUCACUCCGCCUGUUAUUUCGCCGAUACAAGAUUACACUUCUGAGGGCGAUAGCGAACAAUAAGCCAACUCGCUCAUGCUUAAACAUUUGCUUAAAUAGACAAUUAUAAGUUGGUUUGAAAAUAUUA